GCGAGCGAUGGAUGAGGACAACAUGACGAGGAGCGAGGAGCAGCAGCUGAGUCUGCAGAAGGCGCUGCAGCAGUGCGAGCUGGUCCAGAACAUGAUCGACAUCAGCAUCUCCAACCUGGAGGGGCUCCGCACCAAGUGCGCCGCCUCCAACGACCUCACGCAGAAGGAGAUCCGCACCCUGGAGAGCAAGCUGGUCAAGUACUUCAGCCGGCAGCUGUCCUGCAAGAGGAAGGUGGCCCUGCAGGAGCGCAAUGCCAAGCUGGAGGGUUUCCCCCAGCUCCUGCAUUGGUUCCGCAUCGUUGACAUCCGCAAGGAGGUGAUGGAGGAAAUCGCCCCUGGGCAGCUGAGCCUGGAGGAGCUGCUGGACAUGACCGAUGACCAGGUCUGUGCGACUGUGGAGAAGUUUGGGGCCAACAGCGAGGAGUGUGCCCGCCUGAACGCCUCCCUCUCCUGCCUCCGGAGUGUCCACAAGUCCGGCGGCAGCCUCUCCAAGCAGGACUGGACCAUCCAGUGGCCCACGACGGAGUCGGGGAAGGAGAACAGCCCCGGGUGCCAGCCAGAGCCGGGGCAAUGGGGCAGGACGCACCUCUUGCAGAGCCCUAAGGUCCAACCUAAGUGCGGGCAGCAUCACUGCCACCCGGGCUCACCCCAUGGACCCAUGUACACCCACGUGGAUCGGCUGACUGUGGAGGGUCACCCGGGGCUGUGCCCACCCAUGGAGUCCGGCCACCGCUCCCUGCCACCCUCCCCGCGCCAGCGACACAUCGCUCACACCCCUCCGCGUACCCCCAACAUCGUGACCACGAUGACGCCGCCGGGCACGCCGCCGGUACGACGGAGGAAUAAACUGAAGCCCCCCGGGACGCCCCCACCCUCGUCGCGAAAACUGAUUCAUCUCAUCCCCGGCUUCACUGCGCUGCACCGGAGCAAGUCCCACGAGUUCCAGCUGGGGCAUCGUGUGGAUGAGGCGCACACCCCCAAAGUCAAGAAGAAGAAUAAGCCCUUGAACCUCAAGAUCCACAACAGCGUGGGAAGCUGCGAGAACAUCCCUGCACAGCGCUCCCCGCUCCUCUCCGAGCGCUCCCUGCGCUCCUUCUUUGUGGGGUACCCGCCUUUCCUCCCCUCCACCCCUCCUGUCCACACUGAAGCCACCUUCUCAGCAAAUACACUGUCAGUGCCUCGCUGGUCCCCGCAGAUCCCCCGUCGAGAUCUAGGAAACUCGAUAAAACACAGGUUUUCCACCAAGUACUGGAUGUCUCAGACCUGCACCGUCUGCGGGAAAGGAAUGUUGUUUGGCUUAAAAUGCAAAAACUGCAAGCUCAAGUGCCACAACAAAUGCACCAAAGAGGCCCCUCCGUGUCACCUGCUGAUCAUCCACCGCGGAGGGAGACGAGUCGUUCGGGGCGAGGCAGAUUUGCAUUGCAAACCACUUCCACCCACCCUUCCCCUGCCUCCUUUUCUUUUCAGAUUCCCCACCGCACGGGCAAGGUUAGUCCGGACAGAGUCAGUGCCCUGCGAUAUCAACAACCCCUUGCGGAAACCCCCCAGGUAUUCAGACCUGCACGUCAGCCAGACGCUUCCCAAAACCAACAAACUCAACAAGGACCACAUCCCGGUACCCUACCAGCCGGACUCCAGCAGCAACCCCUCCUCCACAACCUCCUCCACACCCUCCUCGCCGGCCCCACCGCUGCCGCCCAGCGCGACGCCCCCGUCCCCCCUGCACCCCUCCCCGCAGUGCCCACACCAGCAGAAGCAGUUCAACUUACCAGCUUCCCAUUACUACAAGUACAAGCAGCAGUUCAUUUUCCCAGAUGUAGUCCCCGAGACGCCAACCCGAGCCCCGCAGGUGGUCCUCCACCCCGUCAACUCCAACCCCAUCCUGGAAGGAAACCCAUUGCUUCAAAUUGAAGUGGAGCCCACCUCGGAGAACGAGGAAGGUACUGAGGAGGCGCAGGAGUCUGAGGAUGACUUUGAAGAGAUGAACCUCUCACUCCUCUCUGCACGCAACUUCCCCCGUAAGGCCAGCCAGACCAGCAUCUUUCUCCAGGAGUGGGACAUCCCCUUUGAGCAGCUCGAGAUUGGCGAGCUCAUUGGCAAGGGCCGCUUUGGGCAGGUCUUUCACGGGCGCUGGCACGGGGAGGUGGCCAUCCGCCUCAUCGACAUCGAGCGGGACAAUGAGGACCAGCUGAAGGCCUUCAAGAGGGAGGUGAUGGCGUACCGGCAGACCCGGCACGAGAAUGUGGUGCUCUUCAUGGGAGCUUGCAUGAGCCCUCCCCACCUUGCCAUCAUCACCAGCCUGUGUAAAGGACGGACUCUCUACUCGGUGGUGAGAGAUGCCAAAAUUGUCCUGGAUGUCAACAAGACGAGGCAGAUAGCACAAGAAAUUGUGAAGGGAAUGGGCUACCUGCAUGCCAAGGGGAUCCUUCACAAGGACCUCAAGUCAAAAAAUGUUUUCUAUGACAACGGGAAGGUGGUGAUCACGGACUUUGGCCUCUUCAGCAUCUCAGGAGUUCUCCAAGCAGGCAGGCGGGAGAACAAGCUGAGGAUCCAGAACGGCUGGUUGUGCCACCUCGCCCCUGAGAUCAUCCGCCAGCUCUCGCCGGACACCGAGGAGGACAAGCUGCCCUUCUCCAAGCACUCGGAUGUCUUUGCACUGGGCACGAUCUGGUAUGAGCUGCACGCGCGAGAAUGGCCCUUCAAGACGCAGCCAGCAGAGGCAAUAAUCUGGCAGGUGGGAAGCGGGAUGAAGCCCAACCUCAGCCAGAUCGGGAUGGGCAAGGAGAUCUCGGACAUCCUCCUGUUCUGCUGGGCCUAUGAGCAAGAGGAAAGACCCACCUUCACGAAGCUCAUGGACAUGCUGGAGAAACUGCCAAAGCGCAACCGCCGCCUUUCCCACCCUGGGCACUUCUGGAAGUCGGCAGAGUAA